UCUGCGCUGACUCUCAUGAGUGUGCACACAGACAGACAGACAGACAGACAGACUGGACCAGACGGAGGACCCACGGACCGACAGACAGCCGGUCUCACCGUCACAGCCGAGCGGAGGGAGCCGAGUCCCGGUGAGAUGUCGGCGCUGGGCCCCGCCCCUAACAGCGGCGAUGCCUGCCUCAGCAUCGUCCACAGCCUGAUGUUUCACCGGCAGGGCGAGGACAACGAGGGCUUCGCCAAGCGCGCCAUCGAGAGUCUGGUGAAGAAGCUGAAGGAGAAGAAGGACGAGCUGGACGCACUCAUCACCGCUGUCACCACUAACGGCGUGCGGCCCAGCACGUGUGUCACCAUCCAGAGGACGCUAGACGGACGCCUGCAGGUGGCGGGGAGGAAGGGCUUCCCUCAUGUGAUCUAUGCCCGUCUGUGGCGUUGGCCCGACCUCCAGAAGAACGAGCUCAAACACGCCACCUUCUGUCAGUUUGGCUUUGACCUCAAGUACGACAGCGUGUGUGUUAACCCGUACCACUACGAGAGGGUGGCCCCCACCACGCCCCCCACAGGUCCUCAGAUAAAGGAGGAGUUCAUGCAGGACUGUCUGCAGAUCGACCUGCCCCCCCACACAGACCCCUACAGCCAGCCCCGCCCCCUCAGCAUGUAUCCCAGCAUGCCCCUCUCUCCUCCAGGCAGCAGCUCGGUGGCAGCUGCAGCUCUGGUGGCCGGUGGCGGGAGGAGCCGCGGGGGGGUCGGCAGCGAAGGUCCUGGCCUCCUUCAGAUCGCCCCCCCUCAGAACCAGGGGGGCCACGCCUCCCCCCCUCACACCCCCACCUCACCACAGCAGCACGACUACAGCAGCACCCCCAAAACUGCGUCCUGGCCGAGUCAUAGCUCCGCCCCCUACAGCCCUGCAGGACAGAGUGGGCGGAGCCACCCGCAGCCUCCGUUACAUCAUCAUCAACACGCCCCCAACUCUCACUUCUGGUCGCAGCAUCACAGCGCUACUCCGUAUCCACAGCCUGUCUCCAACCACCCAGGUCCAGAGUUCUGGUGCUCGGUGUCCUACUUUGAGCUGGACGUGCAGGUGGGCGAGAUGUUUAAGGUCCAGUCCAGCUGUCCCCUGGUGACCGUGGACGGUUACGUGGACCCGUCGGGAGGAGACCGCUUCUGUCUGGGCCAGCUGAGCAACGUGCAGCGCACCGCCGCCAGCCACCGCGCCAGGCUCCACAUUGGGCGGGGGGUCCAGCUGGAGUGUCGUGGGGGGGGGGACAUCUGGAUGCGUUGCCUUAGCGACCACUCGGUGUUCGUCCAGAGUCUGUACCUGGACCGGGAGGCCGGCCGGGCGCCGGGGGACGGAGUCCACAAGAUCUACCCUGGAGCCUACAUCAAGGUGUUUGACCUGAGGCAGUGUCACCGACAGAUGCAGCAGCAGGCAGCAGCAGCUCAGGCAGCGGCGGUCGUCGGUUCGAUUCCCGGUCAGAGCAGCGAGGGGGGCGGUGCCCGGGCAGCCAGUGUCCUGUCUCCCUCAGGUCUGGGCGUGGACGAGCUGCGGCGGCUGUGUAUGGUGCGCCUGAGCUUCGUUAAGGGUUGGGGGUGCGAUUACCCGCGGCAAGGCAUCAAGGACACGCCCUGCUGGCUGGAGGUGCACCUGCACCGCGCCCUGCAGCUCUUAGACCAGGUGGUGGAGCUGGUGGUGGAUAACUGUCGCUCCAGUGACGGAGAAGUGGAAGGUCUGACAGACGAGUACACAGACCUGGAGAUCCUCAGCAUGGUGAACAUCGGCCUCACGUCGCUCUCCAAACUGCCCUCGCUGCCCAAACUACGCAAGUUGGAGGUGAGUGAUAACACAAUCUCAGGUGGUCUGGACUCUCUGGCGGAGAAAUGUCCCAACCUGACCCACCUGAACCUGAGCGGGAACAAGAUCAAAGAGCUGAGCAGCAUCGAGACGCUGCCGAGCCUGAAGAACCUGAAGAGUCUGGACCUGUACAGCUGUGAGGUGUCCACGCUGGCCGACUACAGAGAGAGCGUCUUCAAGCUGCUGCCUCAGAUCACCUUUCUGGACGGAUACGACCAGGAGGACAACGAGAUUCCCGACUCGGAGGCCGAAAACGACGACGAGGAUGAUGAUGAUGAUGACGACGACGACGACGACGACGAGGAUGAAGCCGGUCCACUUCGAGGCGAUGAUGACGACGACGAUGAUGACGAUGAAGACGCUGACAGCUCGGAGGGAGAAGAGGUCGGCCUGUCGUACCUGAUGAAGGAGGGAAUCCAGGACGAGGAAGACGAUGGAGACUAUGUGGAGGAAGAGGAGGAAGACGAGGAGGAAGAGGAAGAUGGAGAUGUGGACGGUGCAGAUGUUCAGGGAGAGAAGAGGAAGAGAGACGCAGAGGACGACGGUGACGACGACGACGAUGAAUAGUCCCCUCCUCUUCCUCCAUCUUCCUCCCCUCUUCCUCCAGUGACCUUUGACAGACGGCAGCUUCACCAGCUCUUGCUGCUGUUUCCCUGGUAACCAGAUGAGAUCACAGAGCAGAACUCCGCUCUGAUUGGACCACACAUCAAUCAAUCAAAUCACUAACACACAAGUUGUUUCAAGUCUCA